AGAUUUACUUCUUUUUUUGUUUUCUAAUAUUACUGCAUGUGGCAGCUACUUUCUCUUGGAGCUACCGUUUGUCAAGAAUACUAUUUCGAUUCUUUCUGCCAACAAGACACAGCAAGGCUUGUUAUUUAUUCUUACCUAACUUGAUAAUGUCAAUUUAGGCAUAAGGCUUAAAAUUGCCUAUGUGGUUUAGGCAAUUUUGCUAGAAAAACUCUUGUGGUGUUCUGUCAAAUCUUCAAUUUUCGUCAAUUUUGUGUAAGAUGAAGUUGACGUAUGCAUUGCGUCACGUGCAAAAGUAUUAUUUUGUACCUAUUUCAUUAUUGGGUCUCCAUAAUUGUGAGAAAUAGGUGCCAAAUGAUCAUACCCUUCAUUUGGGUAAUUUAAAAAAAAUAAAAACUACACGACUGAUUUUUACCAACCAUGUGUGGUAUUAAGCCUUUUCAUAAUGCAGUUGGUCCUUAGUCUGACAGUUCCAUUAUCCUAGCCUAUAAAAGUAGCCACUCUGGCUUUCGUUUUCUGCCUCCUUCUUUUCCGUUCCUUAAUCUUGACUUAAAAUAAUUUUUCCAAAUUCGUUCUUCUGUUUUCUGUGUUCAAAAUGGCUUGUGGCAUGAAACUAUUGUUGGUAGCAACUGCUCUAUCUUUGGCGUUGAGCACUCAACAUUUUGUCCAGGGAAAGCCACAGGCGCGAGAGCCACAGGUGCCCUGCUUUUUCAUAUUUGGAGACUCUGUGUCUGAUAAUGGCAACAACAACUUGCUUCCCACAUUUGCCAAAGUCAACUACAGUCCCUAUGGCGUUGACUUUCCUCAGGGCCCAACAGGAAGGUUCUGCAAUGGCCGAAACAUAGUUGAUGUGCUUGCUGAGCUUCUGGGAUUUGAAAACUACAUUCCACCAUUUGCUUAUGCCAAUGGCUCUGAAAUAGUUAAAGGUGUGAAUUAUGCAUCUGGUGCAGCAGGAAUUCGAAAAGAAAGUGGGAGGCAGUUGGGUGCACGUAUCAGCAUGGGAGAACAGCUGAAGAAUCACAGAACCAGUGUCUUGCGAAUUAUCGACAUACUUGGGGAGAGAAGCUUAGCCAAAAAGCACUUAAGCAAGUGCUUAUAUUCAGUUGGGAUGGGCAGCAAUGACUACAUUAACAAUUACUUCCUGCCUCAGUAUUACCAGACCAGUAAAAAAUAUACCCUUGAGGAAUAUGCAGAAGUUCUUAUCAAACAAUACACCCAGCAAAUACUGAGGUUGCGCAACUAUGGAGCAAGGAAGGUUUCUUUGGUUGGCCUGGGGCUAAUUGGCUGCACCCCAGAUGCAAUUAAGACCUAUGGCACCAAUGGAUCUUCUUGUGUGGAAAAAUUGAACAAUGCAUCCCAACAAUUUAAUCAAAAGCUGGUGGCUCUUGUUGAUGAGCUCAACACCAAUUUUACUGAUUCAAAAUUCAUCUAUGUCAACAGCUAUGAAAUGGGCUCAGGGGACCCUACAUUAGUUGGGUUCAAGGUUUUGGAUGCUGGGUGCUGUGAAGUGGAUCAAUAUGGUCAAUGUGCUCCUAACAAAACUCCAUGCCAGAAUAGGACUGAUUAUGUUUUCUGGGACGGAUUUCAUCCUAGUGAGGCCUCCAAUUUAAUCAGUGCCAGCAGAACCUACUCAGCUUAUAACUCUUCAGACACUUAUCCAAUGGAUAUCAGUCACUUAGUUCAGCUACAACUUGAGCCUCAAGUCACAGCGAUCUAGUUACCUAGAAGCCUAGAAUCCUUGCAAAUAAAAUUCAUGUGAAAUCUUUUCUUCAUUUAAGCAACAAAUAUGUUUGUUGCUAGAUAAGAAUGUAAUUGUCACAUAUCGUAUGCAUUUUUUCUGUUGAUAAGUUGAGUUUUACCAACUAACUUUUAA